UUGACGUACAGCAGUUUAGCAGACGAUAAUCACAGUGGACCACAGAAGACAGCGGUCUUGAAACUUCUUCAUCACAUCUUGAACUGGGAAUUUACUUUUGACACUAUGGCGAGCUUGCAGGGUGUAGAUCAGGAGUUUCUUCCGCCUGUGGACAAACCGACGGUAGACCAGCAAGACAUCGCUGAUACCGGAGAGGGCCUUCUUUCAAAUAGGUUUACCGUUUCAGAAUCCUUCCGGAAACUGGAGACAGGGGAAGCUCCAUCAGUUUUCAGCGGUGCGCAGACGGGCCGAGAGACAGUCUUCAAAAACAAAGCCCCACCCAAAGAAGAACUGCCCUACGACCCCACCACGUGUUACAUCUGUGGAGCAAAGCUCAAGGGGAAAUUCUCCAGAGUACAGAAGAAAAACGUUCACUUCGACUGCUUUAACUGCUCCGUAUGUGGAGACAACUUGAGAAACAUGGGUCACUUCGAGAAGGAUGGCAAGUUCUAUUGUCGAAACGAUCGCCCUUAUUAAAUCGACACGGCGUGUGCUGAUAUUCAUUAAUAUAAUUCAAGAUUUUUAAUGUAAAUCACAAGGAGAAACUUCGGCGACUGAAUCCAAUAAUAGUGAGGUUUCGCAUGCUGUAACGGAUACGGUUAGUGCGACGGAUACGUCAUCAUUAUGACGUCCAUUGUGCUACUCGCUAUCCGCUAUACGUGCAGACGACACUGGUAUCGUGCUUGCUACACGUAUAGUAGGCUACGGAUAGCUAAACGUAUAUGCGUAUGCGUAUCCGUUUGCGUGCGAAACCAUCCGAACAGUAUUCGGCAUGAAUUAUAAACUCGCCAGCAAGUUGGAGUGAAAGGUCAAGUGUAUCUAUAAGAUCUGUGGGCCCAAUUUCACAAAGCCAGAAAACUUAAUGA